AUGGCGGGGCCCGUUCCAUAUAAGAAUCCCGGGGGAUCAGAAGUCUGGUCAGCCGCCGAUCCCGUCAGCAGGAGAACCGGCUGUCGCGCCGUGAAUGUGCCCUGGGCAAGUGGGUCGUGUCGAAGGGGGUCAUCGAUCGCGAAUGCCAAUGCCAUGCGCGACGUGAGGGACCCGCUGCAGCUGCUGCCAGGGCACCAGCGAACUCUGGAGCUGAAACGGCCCCCUUUCUUUGUCAGAUUCUUGAGUAUUCGGGUUGGCAGGCGACGGAAGAUGGGGCCAUGCAGGGCUGACGAUGAGCUUAAAGCGCCUCCCCCCCUUCUUGGCCGAAGCCAAACUGUGCAUGUUUCCACUGCCAAGCCCAUUACGGCGUCGAGGGGGGCCAGAUUCGUUCAGCCGUGGUGCGGGUGGCGCUGGGCUGCGCGAACGAGCGAGCUAUGGAAGUAUCGAGUCGCGCGCGAGGCCUUUGGUGCCAAUGGGCGGUUUCAGGUUCAGCCUAUCCGCUUCGCAUGUCAGCGUUCUCGCAAAGGUGCCCCCAUCCCUCUUUCAUCUUUCAUCUUUCAUCCUUCAUCCUUCAUCCAAGGGCCGGGUCUAGGAAAUAAUAUCCAACAGGGUCCCCCUGGUCAGGCUGACGCUAUCGAACUGCUGGGGACCAGCUGGUCUCGGUUCCUAGGCUCGGGAUUCGGCCUCUACUAUGUGCUAGGCAUUGACCAGGAGACUCAGGGAGAUGCCGGCCAUAGUAAAGAAAAUGAAGCAAACCCCCCGGAGAGGAUGGCCUGGCAAUUCUUAUUCCACCGUUCGACCGUUCCACUCUUCCUGAUCAUUGCGCUCUGUAACAUCCGCAACAACCUUAACUGGAUGUGGGAUGGCCCCGCCCUCAACCAAUCGCAGCGGCUGGAGGCUGACGGACUGCGCUUCGGCGAAGAGUGGGGGGUUGAAUCCAAGGAAUCCCAAUGCGCCCCGGACGGUUGGCGGUUUGGCUAUUGGGCUGUUUCGCCCUAUGGACUUCAACGGAUAUUCUCCGUGCAGGAUGCUAUCCAGCGCGGGCAACUCGGCAUUUUAGUCAGCGGGCCCACCGAGAAAGGGCGCGUCGAGAACGGGAAUUCCCCCCCGAAGACCGACGAAAUGGCCUGCGACGGGCCCCGGUAA